AGAGACCGUGGAGUGAGCAGCUCGCAGUCAGCCAGCCAGCUAGCCAGUUAGCCAGUUAGCCAAGUUAGUCAGUGUUAGUGAUAGUGAUAGGCGCGAGAGUGCGUGCCACCGGACCACCAAUGCCAGCCUUUACCUUAAACGUCAGCCAGCCAAGCCAAAGCAGCAGCAGCAGCAGCAGCAGGAGGAGCAGCACACACAGCAGCGGCCAGUGGAGCUGGCACAGCCGCCAGGCGCUGCUGGUCAUCACAAUCCUGGCCGCCGUGAUGGCGCCGAACACACAGGCCCGCCAUCUGCGGGACAGGGUGGCGUUGGACUACGCCUACGGGGAGGACAACUCCGGACGUUCCUCAUCCUCGUCGGCGGGCGACAUCCUGCCCGCCUUCGACGUGAACCCGUACCGCGGCCUGGCCGAGAGCUUCGGCGAGGGCAGCUACGACAGCGACCUCAGCAUGAGCGAGAGCAGCUACGAGGAGAUCGCCCAGGCGGCGAUCAGGGCCGCCAGGCGGGAGAUGCGCCGCCAGAGGACGCGGCACGCCCGCAGCCACAACCUGCGGCUCUUCGCCAGCAAGUCGGAUGUGCCGGAGUGGGAGAAUCCCUGCGGCGGCACCUACACGCCGGACGAGAGCCUGGGCGACAGCAGUGCCAGCCAAGGACGGGUGAUCAAGCGCAAGCACCUCGAAAACCUGCGGAACAUCACGAUGAGCGAGUACCAAGACAUUACCCACCGCGCCACGCUGGAGUACGGCAACCACCAGCACUGGCAGCGCGAGUACAAGUUCCUGCCGAACAUGACGAAGCCCACGAGCGCGGUUAAGCUCAAGACCUGGUACCGCCACAUGCAGACCUUCGUGGGCAGCUUCUCGUAUUUGGGACGGGCGCAGUACAAGUUCCGCAAGGACCAGCAGAAGAGCAUCAACGAGGCGGUCACCAAGGAGCUGCACGACCUCCUGGUCAGCGCCCGCUACAUGCUCUGCGAGAUCGAGUCGACCAUCAACUCCUCCUACCCAAACAGCAAUGGGGCCAAGCUGAGCCGGGUGAGUCGCCAGGCGAUGGAGGACCGCCUCAAUUUCCAUACGCCCGCCAAUGGGUCCGCGGAGGCGGACCAGCGGGACCUUAAGGUCAGCAAGGAGCUGUACUUCCAGUACCUGGACAACGUGUGGAAGACGCUGCACCGGGUGCUGCGGCGCCCGAGACGCAACAGCGCCGAGCGGCGCCACCUGGCAGCGGCGGCGGCCGGCCAUGGAGCGGAAGCGGGAGCGAGCGGCCUGCGGGCGGGCAGCUCGGAACUGCUCGACCUGGGCUCCUCGAGCGGAUCCGGAGGGAGUUCCGGCUCGGACGGCGCCUCGUCCGAGUCCUGAGCUGCGGCUGAGCCUGAGCCUGAGCCAGUCAACCGCGUCAACAUCACGCCCUUCCAGUAUUACAGCGAUUGCUGCAUAGUUGCAACAUUCCCAGCUUAGCAGCCUUUCCGCUCAGCAGCUUUCCAGCUUCCAAGCCAAAUAGAGGACCACCCGACCACCUGACCGGGAGAGAACGAAGAAUUUUUGUCGAAUGCCAUUUAGACACGUACUUUAGUAUUUAUUUAUUUAUUUAUUGAGAGCAUCGAGUAUUAGAGCGCCUUCCAUUCCAGUUGCCAAACGGAUCGGAUGGGGACCAACCCACUCCAAUCCACUCCAUUAUCCCAC